AAAUUUUAUAAAAUGAGUGCUGAUUCGCGGGAGAAUGGAAGCAUUUGGAUUAUCGACGAACAUUUAAAACCUCCAAAUCCAAUUGCUGAUUACGAUAAAGCUAUAGCGACAACAGGAUAUGGUCUCUUCAAUAUUUUAUUACUGUUCGCUGCAUUGCCUAUUGGAUGGACCUGCAUUAUUGAUACUACUAGUACAGCUUUUAUUAUUAAUUCAACGGAAUGUGUAUUCGAACUCACGACAUUUCGAAAAGGCAUCGCUAUGUCUAGCAUAUACAUAGGAAUGAUAAUAUCCGGUCCAAUAUGGGAUUUCAUAUUAAAAGACAGUAUUAUUGAUUAUUUAGGUAAUAAAAACAUAAUGAUUAUCGGAAUAUUGUUAGAUACGCUUUGCAAUAUUCUUUCGGCACACGCUACUUCGUUUUCAAUAUUUAUAUUGCUUAAGUUAAUUAGCGGCAUAUUAAUUGCUGGACCAUUGUCCGUAGUUAUGGCUUAUCUUGCAGAAUUUCAUUCCCCUGCAUAUGAACGAAAAUUCACUAGAUGGGCUGGUCUGCUGAUUGUAAUAUCUAAUAUAAUUCCUCCCGCUGUGGCUGCCAUAUUAUUAUCACGCACGUGCCAGUUCAGUUUUACAAUUUACCAACAUUUCUAUCCAACUUGGCGAGUUUAUCUAUUGAUGUGCGCAAUACCAUCUGUAUUAGGAUUAUUGACUGCAUGUUUUAUGCCAAAUAGUCCGAAAUUUCUCCUGACUCACGGUAAAAAUCGCGAGGCUCUACGGCUUUUCAGAAUUAUGUUUUCAAUGAAUAAUUUCAAAUCAUCUAGUGAAUAUGAGAUUAAUGAAUUAGAUUUUCAACAAAAGAUAAGAAGAAAAAUAAAUAUCACUUGUAAAGUAACGUUGUGUGAAAGUAUUUCGAAUUUAAAAUUGCUAUUCUCAACCAAUUAUGUAAAGACUAUUUCUGUUAUUUUACUUCUUCAAUUUUCUAGUAUGAUUGGAUUUAAUGUAAUGAGAUUGUGGGUGCCAUCGGUUUUCGUGGUUCUAAACAACUUUAGAGUCCUUCUCAAGUCGUACUAUCCGACAAACGAAUAUAUAACUAUGUGCGAAAUGAUUUUCCCACGCAUUAAAAAAAUCAAUUACGCAUCAUGCAAUUAUACUUUGCCAAGCGUCGAGUCUGCCGUUUAUGUUAAUUCUACAAUAAUCGCAACGUCCGCCGUUACUUUUAGCUUUAUUUUCGCUUUGUUAACAGAUGCAAGAAUUAAAAAAAUUUGUAUAACAUUUAUUAUGUUCUUACUAUCAGCUGUUGGAAGCUUUGGAGCAAAUUGGGUAAUACACAUACCAUACAUGCUUGUACUACUUGGAUUCAUUAUAGUUGCCUGUCGAAUAACUAGUAAUUGUAUUAUAGCAUAUAAUGCACAAGUUAUGCCUCAAUUUUUAAGGAUAACGGCAUUUAAUGUAAUUAACUUUAUUGGUAAUUGUGGCGCAGCUGCAGGGAAUGUAAUAUUUUCCUUAGUUUUAGGAUUAGAUUGUGUAAGUGCUUUUCUAAGCAUUGGAUGUAUAGCAAUAGUGUCCAAUCAUCGAAUUCAAUAUUAUCUGUCACAUGACGGCGUGUUCAAACCAGACAGUAUUACAAGCAAAUUAAGAGUGAUAUUCAAUGAUAUCAACCUGACAUCAACAUCAAGUCUACACAGGCAUCUCUUUGCCAUCGACAUCACCAAAAUAUACAGACAGAUAAGAAUCCACAAUGAUGACUGGGACCUUCAGAGAAUCCUGUGGAUGGACGAGCAAAAGGCAGAAGUACCAUAUCAUUUGACAACAGUCACCUACGGAACAAAAGCUGUCCCAUUCUUCGCAGUCAGAACAUUACUUUCAACUAGUCGAGGAUAA